UCCUCCCCAACCCAUAUGAAGCUAUAAAGGUCCCUGUGGCUCUUCCGUGAUAAAGGAAGAGGCAAGAGCAUUGCAUGGAGGAAGCUUAAGGAAAGCAGUCAUCCAGUCUCUCACUCCAUCCCUAAACUCACUGCUGUUCCCAAGAACACAUAUGUAGGAGAUCCAAGCUCCUGGAAGCUCCAGCUUUUAUCUCUUCACCUUGAACUCUCCUUAUUCAAGAAUACUGCUCAUCACCUUCUAGGUCUUGGCUGCAUCUGGGAUCAAGCUAUCUUGCUUUCUGGCCAUCAAGAGACAGAUCGAGAUGCAGAAAGGAAGCAUUCCCCUUAAGUAUUUGUUACUAUUGCAUCUCCUACUUUUAAAACAUGGUAUAACCUUUGGUGGAAAUAGCACAACUGUCAACACUACAUCCAGUGCAGCCCCUAGGGGGACCAGUGCAUUCCCCUACACUGAAUCCAGCACAGCAUUCAGUGAGACCAGCAUAGCUUCCAACACUGGAUCCAGUGUGACCUUGGGUGAAACCAGCACAACUUCCAAUACUGGAUCCAGUGUUACCUCCAGUAGAACCAGCACAGCCUCCAACACUGGGUCUAGUAUGAUCUCCAGUGGGAAAAGCACAGCCUCCAGCACUGGAUCCAGUGUGACCUCGGGUGAAACCAGCACACCUUCCAAUAUUGGAUCCAGUGUGACCUCCAGUAGAACCAGCACAGCCUCCAACACUGGAUCCAGUAUGGUCUCCAGUGGGAAAAGCACAGCCUCCAACACUGGAUCCAGUGAGACUUCCAAUGGGACCAGCGCAGCCUUGAGUACUAUACCCACUGAGACCUCCAAUGGGACCAGUACAGCUGUCAACACUGGGUCCAGUGCAACCUCAGGCCCACCUUCUCCAAGCGGAAUGAACACAACUUCCUACAGAAAUAGCACAAGUACUGCUACUUCAACAAGUAAAGUGGGGCCCGAUGGGUCCCUGAAGCCAUGGGAAAUCUUCCUCAUCACUCUGGUCUCGGUUGUAGUAGCUGUGGGCUUCUUUGCUGGGCUCUUCUUCUGUGUGAAAAACUCCCUGACCCUGAGAGACAUCUUUGACACAGCUGUCUACCACCCCCAUGGCCUGCACCUUGACCUGGGCCCUGAAGGGAGUCACAGAGUCCACCACAGGCCUAGGUGGAGCCCUAACUAGUUCUGGAGGAAACCAGUAUCCUCUGUAGCUAUGGAGAUGAGAGGAUGGUACAACAGACCCUGAGCAGGGCUGAAGUCAGAGAGCCAUAUUCUUCGUGGAGGAAGCUGACCUGAGGGACUGGAGAUCUAAGUGUCCUUUCACUUGUCCCCAGAAGUCCCCUCCCAGCUUUGGAUCUGUGACAGCCUUGGACAAGAUGCUUCCUCCCCCUCUGUUGCUUUUACCAGACAUUGGAAAGAAGAGAUGCUUAUGGUCAUUUGGCUAAGAAAUAAACACACCCAAAAUAAAGGACAGAGAGAUCCUGUGUGUA